AUGUGGCAUAUUGGGAAGCUUCGAAAUGGAGUGAUUUUUAACAAUGACACUUACAAUUGUAAUUCUGUGUUCAACAGAUUUAUAAUUGAUUAUCAAAUCACUAACUUUGUGUUGCAGGGAACUGAUAAAGGUAAAAGUCCAAUGGUGGAUAUGAGGUGCUCAACUUCUAUUGCUCUCAGCUGGAAACCCCCAAGAACUAGAUUCUUAAAGCUCAACACUGAUGGAGCUUGGAAAAAUUCAGAGGAAGGUGGGGGUGGUGGUGUGUUUAGAACUAAUAAGGGGGAAUGGUAUUUUGGCUUCUCCAGUAAAUACAAUGUUGUCUCUGCCUUGGCAGCUGAAUUGUAUGCUCUUCGUGAGGGUAUAAAUUAUGCAAGAGCUAUUCCCGUUCGAUUCUUGGAGGUGGAAACAGAUGCUCAAGCUAUCAAAGGAUUGCUCAACAAGGAGCCAGAGGAUAUGCACCAUGAGCUUGCUGCUUUGAUUAUUGAUGUGGGAAGGUUGCUGAGAAACAAGGAUAUGACCAUUAUCUUCAACCAUAUUCCUAGAGAGACUAAUUUUGUAGCUCACUAUCUUUCGAGAUAUGCUAUGGAUAUGCAUAUUGGUCACAAACCUCACUACACAGUUCCAGCUAGUGUAAAGGCAGCUUAUGAUGCUGAUAUUCGUGCAAUGGGUGCUAUUGCUUAG